AUGAGCACUCCUUCGUCUCCAGCGACUCCAACAACUCCAGGAAGCCCUCGCCAUUUUCGAGCAAAGCUACGACAUGCGACCUGGGUCGAUCCUCAGACGGCGACCAAGUCCAAACGUACCUUUUCCCUCACUCCCGUCUCGGCCGACAACAAUGGCAACCUCGAUGGUUCAGCAUCACCUCUUCUUUCUCCCGAAACACCGGACGAAGCCCCCGAGCGCGAUCCAGACCGUUUCUACUGGAUGGAUAACAUACCGACGUGGAGGGACAAGGUGAAAGAGUACGCGCAAAAAGCGUGGGCUUUCAUGUGCUCGGAAACUGGCAUCAGCAUCUUCAAAUGUGCUUUAGCAUAUCUGCUUGGAAGCAUGGCUACAUUUGUUCCUGCCUUCAGUCGCUUCUUUGGCCGACAGGACUCCAAGCACAUGGUGGCAACAAUCACAGUUUAUUUCCACCCAGCAAGGUCGCUAGGGAGCAUAUUCGACGCCUCGAUACUAGCUGGUAUCGCAUUCCUCUACACAGCAGUCGUUUCACUCGUCAGCAUGAGUAUCAGCGUGCUCUUCACGGACUACUUGCACAUACCAGCUAUUGGUCAUGGCGUGAUUCUCGUGUUGUUCGUGGGAGGAGGCUUGGGUUUCGUUGGCUGGGUCAAGCUAAAGAAGGGAGAUCCAUUGGUCAAUAUAGCAUGCUCUCUCACUUCCUUGUCACUCAUCACUGUCUUGACCAAAGAGGGCGCUGUGCAGGACGGCAACUACUCUUUCAACAAGAUCACGCAGAUUCUAAAGAUGGUUAUUGCUGGUAUCAUCUGCACAAUGUUGGUCUCCUUUCUCAUUUUUCCGAGCUCCGGACGCAUCAAUCUCCGGAAGAACAUGACUGAGGUAUCCGAUCAGUUGUCUGACAUGCUGGGCAUAAUAACCAAAAGCUUCAUCUCAGGCGACGAAGAGGAAAUCGCGGACAACCAGUAUAACGCACUCAACGAUCGCUACAACAAGUCCUCUUCCAAACUUGCACUGAACCUCAAAGAAGCUAGAUAUGAACACUACUUUGUUGGAAGGGGAAGACUUGCAGAGUUGGAGUCAAAAAUUGCGCAAUGUUUACAGAAAGUCGGUCAGAGUAUUGGUGGCUUACGAAGUGCUGCUGCUAUGCAGUUUGUUGUUGCCAAAGAGCCAUUGGACAACUCGGAUGCGAGAUGGGCGCAGCAAAGCAACGGUACCAUGAAACGACCACCCACCUCUAUGAGUGGCAUGCAGUCCAACGCCGAGGUUCCAGCUUCCAAUACCACUGUAUCCAGUCCCAAGUUGGCUCGACACGAUAGCCUACCAUGGAGAUCACCACAGCAGAUCUUCGAGCUCUUCAUCGACCAUCUUGGUCCUUCAAUGCGCUCUGUCGCAUAUACGAUGAAAGAGAUUCUUGAUGAACUGCCCUUCAAUCCUGAUGACGAUUACAAAGUUUCGAUUAAUUCCCGUUUCGAGCUCGCAUUGGAGCGGGCUUUAAUUAUGUACAAGGAUGCACGUGCAGACGCAGUGAAAUUGGUAUACAGUCAGAAAGAGAUGGACAAGACUAGACCUGCCGAGGUCGAAGCUGACUGGGAAGAAGCUGCUGCUUGUUGUGGUCAUUUCUCCUUCUCGUUGCUAGAGGUCGCGCAGCAAAUCAAAGAAUUUCUACACUGUUUGGAUGAGCUGCAAGUCGAAUUGGAAGAAGCUCCUUCUCCACGUUCAUGGAGCUGGUUGCGGUUUUGGAACCGCAAAGACGGAUGCAUAUCGCACGAUUCGGCUGAUCUCUAUGAGACUGAUUACAACAAAGUGAAGGACAUUUCCGAUCCUCAAUCUCGAGAAGCACGAGACAGGCAGUACUGGGCCGAAAGCCAGAAAGCCUGGUGGAAGCAAAGUCUGUUUCGGCGAGUCUACGAUUGGAUCGUCAUCCUUAGACAGGAAGACAACAAAUUUGCCAUCAAGGUCGGCUUUGGUGCUAUGCUAUAUGCUCUACCAGCAUACAUUCCUGCAACUCGCCCUGUAUAUGCUCACUAUCGGGGUGAAUGGGGUCUGCUCUCUUACAUGCUUGUCUGUUCAAUGACAAUUGGUGCAUCAAACACGACAGGAAUUCAGCGAUUUCUAGGUACAGGUCUGGGGGCUCUACUAGCCAUAGCCGUCUGGCAAAUCAGCAACGACAACCCUGUGGCGCUCGCAUUUUUUGGCUUUCUCAUGGCAUAUUGGACAGCCUGGAUCAUUGUUGGAAAAGGCAAAGGACCUAUGGGCCGCUUCAUCAUGCUUACCUACAACCUCUCUUGCCUGUACGCCUAUUCUCUCUAUAUCGCUGACGACCUGUACGAUAAUGAUGGCGACGAAGAAGACAAUAAUUCUGAUCCUCUUAUCUACAGCAUAUCCGGUCACAGAGUAGUGGCCGUCCUUUCUGGCUGCAUCUGGGGACUCAUCAUCACUCGCGCCGUCUGGCCUAUAUCUGCUCGCCAGAAGCUCAAAGAUGGUAUAUCCCUUCUCUGGCUUCGUAUGGGCCUGAUCUGGAAACGGGAUCCACUCAAUGUCUUUACGGAGGGAGAAUCUGAUUGCCAGUAUAUGAACAUCAAAGAAGAGAAUGACCUUCAACGUUUUCUUGCCAAGCUCUCAGCCCUGGUUGACGCGUCACAGCACGAAUUUGAGUUACGGAGACCAUUUCCUACGAAUACCUAUAACGAGAUACUCAAGUCGACAGCGCGCAUGCUAGAGGCUUUCCAUGCCAUGAACCUGGUUAUUCGAAAGGACUUCACAGCCUCAGCCGGAGAGCUUGCUCUCCUCAACGCCACAGAAUCUGAAAGAACAGAGCUUUGUGGUCGUCUUUCACAUCAAUUCUCUGUUUUAGCUAGCUCCGUCAAGCUCGAAUGCAGUAUCUCCACAGAUAUCUUGCCUUCGGUUAAUCACACACGUGAUCGCUUAUUAGCGCGAAUAUUUGCCUACCGGAAGGAGGAUAUUGAGCAGAAGACCAAAGAUGAGGAUUACUCGCUGCUGUAUACCUAUGCACUCGUGACAGGACAAUUGGCAAUGGAGAUCAAAUCUUGUUUGAAAGAGGUCGAGGAUCUGUUUGGAGUUCUGGAUGAGGAAAGCCUGAUGCUGCAGUAG